UCGCCAUCAUCGACCUUCCUCUCUCUCUCUCUCCGGCCUCCGGCUUCGCCUUCACGACGCCUCUCCUCCUCCACCUCGCUGACGCUUUGUCCCUUUAUUCGCGGGGGCCUACGACUCGCCCGCCUCCCAAAACCCUAAAGCAUCCAUCCGCUCGCACAUGGUGGCGUUGGCGAGGGUGGGCUAGGGUUGGGGGGGUGAGGUCUUCAGGCCAGCCAUGGCGAUGCCGACGGUGGCCGCGGCGGCGGCGGUUGUCCCCGGGGUCGCAUGUGGGUCCUCGACGCGGCGUGUUGGGGUGGGAAAUGGCAAUGCGUCCGCACACGCCGGGGGUGGAUGCCUGGCUGGCGGACGGCGAGGGGCGGCCGCGUGGGUUGCGCGCGCGAGGGUGGCGGAGGCGCCGCCGGUGGCCGCGGAGGGGAGCAGGCAGGAGGCCCCCGCCGCGCCGAUGGUGGAGAUCCCCGUCACUUGCUAUCAGAUUCUUGGUGUUACAGAGAAGGCUGAGAAAGAUGAGAUUGUCAAAGCAGCAAUGGAGCUGAAAAAUGCAGAAAUUGAAGACGGGUACAUGGCAGAGGUGUCUACCUGCAGACAGGCUCUGCUGGUAGAUGUGAGAGACAAACUUCUCUUUGAACAGGAGUACGCAGGAAGCAUAAAAGAAAAGCUUCCACCCAGAUCCUCUCUUCAUAUACCUUGGAGUUGGUUGCCUGCUGCACUUUGUGUCUUGCAGGAGGUUGGAGAAGAGAAGCUAGUUUUGGAAAUUGGUCAGGCGGCUCUACGACGCCCAGAUUCUAGGCCAUAUGUUCAUGAUGUGCUUCUUGCAAUGGCACUAGCUGAAUGUUCUAUUGCAAAAGCUAGCUUUGAGAAAAGUAAAGUGUCUCUUGGCUUUGAAGCUCUAGCACGUGCUCAAUACCUGUUGAGGAGAAAACCGUCUUUGGAGAAGUUGCCCCUUCUUGAACAGAUUGAAGAAUCACUUGAAGAGCUUGCACCUGCUUGCACUCUGGAGCUUCUAAGCUUACCUCAGACACCUGAAAACGCUGAACGCAGGCAGGGUGCUAUUGCAGCUCUCUGUGAACUGCUUAGACAGGGUCUUGACGUUGAAUCCUCUUGUAGAGUUCAUGAUUGGCCUUGUUUCUUGGGCCAAGCAAUGAAUAAGUUGUUAGCCACUGAAAUUGUGGAUCUACUUUCUUGGGAUACUUUGGCUACAACUCGUAAAAACAAAAAAUCGUUGGAAUCCCAGAGCCAGCGGGCAGUAGUUGACUUCAAUUGUUUCCAUGUAGCGAUGCUUGCUCACUUUGCGUUAGGGUUUUCAACCCGGCAGGCUGACCUGAUCAGUAAAGCCAAAACCAUUUGCGAUUGUUUAGUUGCAUCUGAAAACACAGACCUGAAAUUUGAGGAAUCAUUUUGUUUGUAUCUCCUUGGAGAGGAAUCUGGCACCACUGUUUUUGAAAAGCUUCAGCAGCUUCAAAGUAAUGGGAAUUCCAACUCAAGAAAUUAUGGGUUACCUAAAAAGAAAGACGGCAAUGACAAGGUUACUGUCUGUCAGUCUCUGGAAUUGUGGCUGAAGGAUAUGGCACUUUCUCGUUUUGCGGAUACAAGAGAUUGUUCACCAUCUUUGGCCAACUUCUUUGGGGCUCCUAAGCGCAUCCUUAGCACUUCCAAGCAGAAAUUAGGAGCCACAAGAAUGGUCCGUUUGAGUUCUCAGCCAUCUUCUAGUGUGUCACCAUGCAACAGAGCUUUAGGGGAGCAGACGCCAAGAUUAAAUUCUACCAGCCAUUUGGGGGAAGCUGUAAAGCAACUUGCACCAAACAACCUGGGGGUCCAUUCUUCAAUGGAUAGGCCAGCAAAUGGUUCAACCACAACAUCUGUUCCCCUGAAGCGCAAUCUUGUAUCGCAUCCUGCAAGAACCUUGGAAUCGUGGGGUCUUACUGGUGAUAUUGUAGGGAAACUUGCAUAUAGUGCACUCAUUGGGUUUGCCCUAUUUGGUACAUUAAAACUGCUCAGACUUCAGUUUGGUCACAUGAAACCUGCCUCCGCAAGUAGGGGUUCUGCUGCCACACAGUCCCUGAAUGAAGAAUCGACGUUGGAAGGUUCUUUUAUUACUAGCAGCGUCAGGAAACAUUUUGAAAAACUGCCCAAGAUGCUUUGGUUAAACAAUAGGCUUUAUUCAAGAAGCGAAGAAAGCGACCUAUCUUCUGUUGCUAAUGCAGUGGCUGCUACAGUAUGCAAGCAAAGUAUGGCUCUUCAAGAAGCAGAAACACUUGUGAAGCAGUGGCAAGACAUCAAAUCUGAAGCUCUUGGCCCUGAUUAUCAAAUUGAUAUGCUCCCUGAAAUUCUUGACGGUUCAAUGCUUUCGAAGUGGCAAGAGUUGGCAUUGUCAGCAAAGGAUCAGUCCUGCUAUUGGAGAUUUGUUUUGUUAAAUCUCUCUGUUGUUCGAGCGGAGAUACUAUUGGAUGAGUCUGGCACUGGUGAAGUUGCAGAAAUUGGUGCUGUUCUUGAGGAAGCGGCUGAGCUUGUUGAUGAAUCCCAGCCCAAGAAGCCUAGCUAUUACAGUAUGUAUGAAGUUCAGUACAUAUUGAGGAGACAGAGUGAUGGAUCUUGGAAAAUCUGUGAGGCUUCUGUACGGGACUUGACAUGAUUAUUGUCAAAAGAGACAACUUAUUCAUCGGCUGAUAGCUCACAGGGCGCUGUUAAUUUUAUAAGGUUCGACAUGGCUGGCUCUGUUAAUUUUACAAGGUUCGACACGGCUGGCUUGAUACGCCAUUAAAUCAAUUUGAGGUAUCUUGCAAUGGCUUGCGAUGCCCGAGCUGCUCAUGGUGGCCACCGGAUACCUUACAUGACAAAGUAGCUGCUGAUAGCCUGAUAUGCCACAUUUGUACAGACUCUAACCAAACCUGAUAUCACAUGCUUUUAUCUGUUUCCUGAUAUGGUUUGAAUUUGCGGGACCUUUUUUAGUCGUGCCCUUUUUUAGUUGUGCGAGAGGCCAUCUGCGUCUAAAUUGUGGCGCCAUUGUUCAAAGAACAAUGUAAAUUAAUCUGCUCCUGUGUCUGUGUGGUUGUGUUCAACGGUAAAA